AUGGUAUCGGCGGUUGCCGAAACCCUGCUGCAGAAGUUUAAGCUAGGGCCCAGCAAGGAAGGUGCCAUCGUAGCCUGUGCGUUUGCCGGGGGACUCCUCGGUGGCUACGGUCUUGGUGGUCUUGGCUACGGCGGCUACGGCCUCGGAUACGGCGGCGGCUUGGGAUACGGCGGAGGCUACGGCGGAGGCUACGGCGUCGGGGGUGCAGGCCUUGGAGGCGUAGGCGUCGGCAGCAGCGUCGCUCUACUUAGCGGAGGACCUCCAUUUGCCAAGGCCGUGGCCGGACCAGCUUUCUUGGUAAGGACGGUUCACCACGUCAACAAAGUCAGCGGCGGAGGAGCCCUUCUCGCUCACUCUGGCCUCGGCGGUGGGUACGGAGGCGCCUACGGAUAUGGCGGAGGCUACGGAUACGGAGGUGGCUACGGCUAUGGUGGUGGCUACGGUGGAUAUGGAGGCGGCUACGGCUAUGGUGGUGGCUACGGUGGAUACGGCUACAAGGGCUGA